GAUAGCUUGAAGUUUGUUUGGGAGGUGUUCACAAUUAUGGGAGGCACACUAGUGUUAUGGAUUUCUUUUCUCAGUGUCAUGGUCUGGAAUGUUCAUGGCUUUCCUGCUAAAGGAUUGAAUGGUCCACAACCACAAGCUCAGCCUGGUCCUGAAGGAAUAAAUCCUGUAGAUUCCAACGAUGUUGCAAACAUGGCUGGUUGGUAUUGGGUGGGACAUGAUCCUGUUGAUUGGUCUUGGAUGGAAUCUCCCAUCUCUGAUCAUGAUGAUCAGCAGCCAGGUCUACCUCCACCUCAGGCCCUUGGUGCUGGUGCUGCUGCUGAGCCUCAUCCAGCAACAUCUUGGGGGUUUGAUCCUGAACCUGUGCCCUUGCAUCCUUCUGUUCCUGAUCCUGACACAAUCCUGGUUCCACAAUAUCCACCAGGUCCACCACCUGAGCCAUUCUACAAACCUGGGAAAGUCAUCCGUCUGUUUUCAAUUCAUGAACAUGGCAAUGAUGAGUCCGAGUUCCAUGAUUCUGGAGACCUGAUUCUGCCCCCUCCUCCUCAUCUCCCUUUCCCUGUGUCCUCUGAGGACCGUGGCCCUGAGGUCCGCAGUUAUGUGUCGCCACCCUUGGAGGAACAUGACGACCAGUUCUUCCAAAUGUUCCUCGCUGGUGAACUUCCACCUGGUACCAUAACCCAUUUCAGUUCCACCUAUGAGCAUGGCCACAAUGCCUGGACUGACGUUGGCUUUGAGAGAAUUCCUGUACUGUCAGCACAAGCUCCAACUCCCCAUAGUACUGUUAAAGAAGUGGACACCCCAGUUAAGCUACCUCAACAUGAGUCUGAGACUGUCUCCAGUCCCAAGCAAACCUGGUAAGAGCUGCAAGAACCAAUGCCCUCAAGUAGAUUUGCAUGUACAGUACUGUAAAUGAUUGGUGUGGCCAUGUGUUGUCCCCCAUUCAAUGUGUUUGAGUGCUCUGCUUGAUUGUAAUGAUUAUGAUGUACGUUUGCUUAUAACUCAACCUGCAGGUUUGGUGUUUGGGUUAUGGAUUAUGGCUUAUAUUUGGAGAUUCCAGGAUCUGUGUUCUCUUGAUCCUCAAUAAAUUUUGAACUUAAAA